CGCGCCGGGAGCCGCGGGCCGGGCCAGCCGGGCCGCCGGGGCCCAGUGCGCCGCGCUCGCUGCGGGUAGCGCCUCCUGCACCCUCGGCACUCGCUUCGUGGCCGCGGGGCCCGAGAUCGGAUCGAGGAAAGGGGCGAGGGCGGAGCCCAGGUGCCCGCCCGCCCGGAGGCAGGAUGAGUAUCGAGAUCCCGGCGGGGCUGACGGAGCUGCUGCAGGGCUUCACCGUGGAGGUGCUGAGGCACCAGCCCGCGGACCUGCUGGAGUUCGCGCUGCAGCACUUCACGCGCCUGCAGCAGGAGAACGAGCGCAAAGGCGCCGCACGCUUCGGCCAUGAGGGCAGGACCUGGGGGGACGCGGGCGCAGCCGCCGGGGGCGGCACCCCCAGCAAGGGGGUCAACUUCGCCGAGGAGCCCAUGCGCUCCGACUCCGAGAACGGCGAGGAGGAGGAGGAGGCCGCGGACGCAGGAGCGUUCAACGCUCCAGUAAUAAAUCGAUUCACAAGGCGUGCCUCAGUAUGUGCAGAAGCCUAUAAUCCUGAUGAAGAAGAAGAUGAUGCAGAGUCCAGGAUUAUACAUCCCAAAACUGAUGAUCAAAGAAAUAGAUUGCAAGAGGCUUGCAAAGACAUCCUGCUUUUUAAGAACCUGGAUCCGGAGCAGAUGUCUCAAGUAUUAGAUGCCAUGUUUGAAAAGUUGGUCAAAGAAGGGGAGCAUGUUAUUGAUCAAGGCGAUGAUGGUGACAACUUUUAUGUAAUUGAUAGAGGAACAUUUGAUAUUUAUGUAAAAUGCGAUGGAGUGGGAAGAUGUGUUGGUAACUACGAUAAUCGUGGGAGUUUCGGCGAACUGGCCUUAAUGUACAAUACACCCAGAGCAGCUACAAUCACUGCUACCUCUCCUGGUGCUCUGUGGGGUUUGGACAGGGUAACCUUCAGGAGAAUAAUUGUGAAAAACAAUGCCAAAAAGAGAAAAAUGUAUGAAAGCUUUAUUGAGUCACUGCCAUUCCUUAAAUCUUUGGAGGUUUCUGAACGCCUGAAAGUGGUAGAUGUGAUAGGCACCAAAGUGUACAAUGAUGGUGAACAAAUCAUUGCUCAGGGAGAUUUGGCUGAUUCCUUUUUCAUUGUAGAAUCUGGAGAAGUGAAAAUUACUAUGAAAAGAAAGGGUAAAUCAGAAGUGGAAGAGAAUGGUGCAGUAGAGAUCGCUCGAUGUUCUCGGGGGCAGUACUUUGGAGAGCUCGCCCUGGUAACUAACAAACCUCGAGCAGCUUCUGCACACGCCAUUGGGACUGUCAAAUGCUUAGCCAUGGACGUGCAAGCAUUUGAAAGGCUUCUGGGACCUUGCAUGGAAAUAAUGAAAAGGAACAUCGCCACCUAUGAAGAACAAUUAGUUGCCCUGUUUGGAACAAACAUGGAUAUUGUUGAACCCACUGCAUGAAGCAAAGUAUGAAGCAAGAAGACCUAUAGUGACAAAAUUACACAGUAGUGGUUAGUCCACUGAGAAUGUGUUUGUGUAGAUGCCAAGCAUUUUCUGUGAUUUCAGGUUUUUCCUUUUUUUACAUUUACAAUGUAUUGGUAAAUAGUAGUGAUUUAAUAGUCAAUAGGCUUUAACAUCACUUUCUAAUUAGUAGUUCAUUAAAACAACAUUGAUAAAAUGACUUUCUACUCCUCAAAAUUAUUUGACUUAAAGUUUUAUUAUAAUGAUUGUAAUAUAUUGAAAGUAUCCAUGUUUGAGAAGAUAAUUAAAAGAUACUAUCAUAGGCAAUGUGUUUGAUUUAUUCAGAUUGAUAUCAAGUUAGUGACUAUGCCCCUGUAAGAGAGAACUUGGCAAUGAAUCAUGCAACCAGCAUGGCAUCACAUUCUUUUUAUAACUCAUUAUACAGUAAAAUUUAAUCAUUUUCACUUUAAAUUUUUUUUGGCUUGAUAAGUUAUGUGUUGGCCUUGGCCUAUUGGUGAAAUGGUAUAAAACAUCAUAUGCAAUUUUAAAACUAUAUAUUUUUGCAAUAAAAUACAUUUUGACUUCUUUGGCAUAAUGUCAGUAACCUACAUAUUCCAGUGGUUUUAAGGAAUGGCAAUUUAGUUAUUAUAAUAGGGAAAAGAGUCUUUCUAAGGUGAGCAAUCAUUAAUGCAGUUUUCCCUCAUCUAACAUGUAUCUUUGUUUCCCUUUUUCAUUUUGCAACUUCCUGUAUUUUUUACUUUAAAGAGUUUGAUUUUGAUGUGUCACAAAGUUUUUUGUUUUU